UCUCUCUCUCCGAUCCUCGCCUCUGAUUUUUUCCUAUCUUCUCUCGACAGAUUCGAAAUCAAUCGCGAGAUAAGAAUAUCGUACAGAAGAGUGGUGGAUAAUAAAUCGGUCGUGGUGAGAGGCGCGAGAUUGACGAGAUUGAAGAAGGAAGAAGAAUUUUGGAUCGAAGAUUUUCGGGGGUCGGACGGAUGGUGGCAGGGAGGGAGAAGUGCGCGUGGUUGUAGAGAUCAUCGGUGGCCGAGACGGUGAGGCGGUGCUACGAGGAGGCGGCGGUGGCGGCUAACUGCUGCUGCUGCUGCGGCAGGUGCGGGGGACGCUCGGUCGUCGAAGACGAUGCUCGGGAGGAUCGGAAGAGAGGAGGUGUUCUCCGGCAAUGGCUGAUCGCGGCCGGCGCUAUGCUCGCCGCGUAUAAGAACGCGCGAAGACGUGCGUUCGCCGCGCUUUACGCGAUUCCGAAUUCGUGGCAGCAGAAAGUGUCGAUCGUUGGAGAGCCGUCGCGAGAUCCGCCGCCGCGUACGCGACUGUCGGUGCAACGCGCUUCUUCCUUGUGAUUCCCGUCUCUCGUCUCGUCUCGGGACGGGAAAAAAAUCGCGGCAGUUUCUCCUUCUUCUUUUUUUUUUCUUUUUUUUUUCUUUCUUUCUCUCUCCCUCCAUUGCUCGCGACUGAGAUGCUCCUCGACUCGAGUCGGCGGAGGUUGGUGGUGGUCGGCGCGGACGGACGGUCGCAGGAUAGGAAGACGAGGUGAGGACGAGGCGCUCGAAGAGUGGACUUUUGGUGGGCGAGGAAGGAAAGAAAGAAAGAAAGGAAGAAAGAAAGAAAGAAAAAAGGAGGAAACUGUGGAAGGAGAGGCGAAGGGGAUUGCUAGGAGAGAGAGAGAGAGAGAGAGAGAGAGAGAGAGAGGGAGAGGGAGAGAGAGUAACACGUAACGCGCGCCGGUGGCGAUGAUGCGUGCCUCCGAGGACGCGUAGCGGCGGUCAUGCCGCGCGAUUCGAGCCGAUAUCAUCCUCGUCGUCGUCGCCGUCGUCGUCGUCGUCGCUUAACCAACGUCCAACAAUCACGGAGGAUCGACGUAACGAGGUGGUUGCUGGUAAGAAAAGCGGAAACAUGAGCUCGAUCGACUUCGACGAGGUGUUGGUGCACGUGGGCGAGAAGGGAAAAUAUCAGAAUAUCAUGUACUAUCUCCUCUGCAUAUCGGCCACUCUUCCCGCCGCUUUUCUGGCCUUCUCCCAAGUGUUCGUGAGCGCGUCCCCGGAGCAUUGGUGCAGGAUCCCCGAGCUCGAGAACUUGACGGAUCUGAUGACGUUGGAGGAGAGGAAGGCGUUGUCGUUGCCCUACGUGGACAAGUCGGACGGGAAGGUGAAGAAGUACGAGAAGUGCAAGAUGUACGACGUGAAUUACACGGCGAUCGUCGAGUCGUGGUUGGGGAACGCGACCAGGGAAGGGGGGGAGGGCGAGGCGAGAUCGACGAGGAACCGAUUGCCGCCUCCACCGGUAGGCAACCCGGAUUGGCCGAUUACCAAGUGUCGGCACGGAUGGAUCUACGACAACCGGGACUACGACAGCACCCUGGUCACCGAGCUAGACUUGGUAUGCGACAACAGCUGGUGGCCUUCCACCUCUACGACCUUCUUCUACGUCGGCAGCCUGUUUGGGAACGUGGUGUUUGGCUGGAUCGCGGACAAAUGGGGCAGAAGGACGGCCUUCUUCGCUAUACUGUUCCUCGAGGUCAUAUUCUCGAUCGCCACCAGCUUCAGUCCCAACUACGUCAUCUACACAGCGCUCAGGACCGUGAACGGCCUCUCUUUUCCAGCCAUCUAUCAAAUACCUUUUAUACUAGCGCUGGAAUUGAUGGGGCCGAGAUACAGAACGUUCGCCGGGAUGGUGAUUUGCAUGUUCUUCGCGUCGGCGAUGUCUCUUCUGGCCGUGCUGGGCUACUUGCUCAGGCACUGGUUCACCCUCUCCCUGGCAACCUCCGUCCCCUUCGUUCUACUCUUCAGCUACUAUUGGAUCAUUCCGGAAUCGCCGCGAUGGCUGCUCAGCAAGAACAGGAUAGACGAGGCGGAGGUGAUCGUUCAACGGAUGGCGAAGAUCAACGGGAAAACGGUGCCGAACAAUUUUCUUCGAAAGAUGGAGGUGGAGAUAUUGCGGAGGCAGGGAAUAUCCUGCAACGGGACGAAUUCGGGGGACGGGUCGGGGGAACCGGGCGAGAACGAGGACAGAUCGCCUCCACCCGCUGCCACGCCUAUGGAUCUGAUCAGAAAUCCAAACAUCAGGAAGAAGUUCUUCAUCCUGGCGUUCGACUGGGUGGCGAACGCGGUCGUCUAUAAUGGGCUAUCGUACAACGCGACCAACCUCGGUGUCUCCGAUUAUCUGGCCUUCUUCAUCGGCGGACUCGUGGAAAUACCGUCGUACGUGAUCACGUGGUACGCGAUGGAUCGAUUAGGGAGGAGAUGGGUAUUGUGCCUGACCAUGCUUUUAGGCGGCCUCGCUUGCGUCUCUUGCAUGUUCGUUCCCGAAGACGCCGUAUGGGUGACGGUGUCACUGGCUAUGAUCGGGAAAUUCGGUAUCGCCGCCUCGUUCGCCGUGUUCUACGUGUUCGUCGGGGAAUUGUUGCCGACCGUGUUGAGGUCGCAAGCGAUGGGGAUCGCCUCGUUCAUAGCUGGCAUCGGUCUUCUCGCAUUCCCGUACAUCGUCCAUCUGGCGGUCUACUCGAGAGUCCUGCCGCUGAUCAUAAUGGGCACGCUGAGCGUGGCAGGCGCCCUAACCUCCAUCUUCCUUCCGGAAACGCUCAACAUACACUUGCCUCAAACGAUCGAGGAGGGCGAGUUGUUCGGCGCCGAUUUCAAGCUCUGGUCCUGUCCAACGUUGCCAAGAAGAGAAAACUCGGACUCGGAGGAAAAAUCGGAAUCGAUGCCGCUCAGGUUCCUGGUGAACGGUCGGCCGGGAAAUCCUUCGUUGGCAGCCCCCGCGUUGCAAGAAGAGUCGACGAGCUCGGCUGCGACAACCGCAAACGAGACGGAAGCGGACAACUCUCGUCCCGUCGUUCAACGCGCGGGUAUCCCGACGGAUAGUGGAGUGGUGGAGGUCGCCACCUGUGCCGAGAAAAGAUUCGACGAUCCAUUGGCCGUGGUCGUUAUCGAGCGAGGAAGAACGCAGUGAAUCGCGGACUGUUCGCUAUUCCUGUCAAGAUUGUUCGUUGCCUCCGUGCACGACCAACCUUCCGAUAUAAUUUCCGAUAACGACAGUUCUGGGAGGUGAUCUCGGACGAGCAUGGCAUCGACCCAUCCGGUACCUAUCACGGAGACUCGGACCUACAACUGGAAAGGAUCAAC